CGGCGGGUGAAGGUUUACACGCUCAACGAGGACAGGCAGUGGGACGACCGGGGCACCGGGCAUGUGUCGUCCGGCUACGUGGAGCGGCUGAAGGGCAUGUCCCUGCUUGUCAGGGCCGAGAGCGACGGUUGGCAACGCUGGUUCAUGAAAGUGGCAACUCUGCGCUCGGCAGAGAAAAUACUUCUUUGCCGUGAGAAGAUAGAUUUGUGUUCCCCCAGUGUUAGUUUUCUCUUCCGUUAGAAAUACAGAAUUUUCUCUAUUCACAGUGUAAACGUCCUGCAAGUUUAGAAUUAUUUUAUCUGAGCUUUUCGAUUGUUUAAAUAGAUAUUCAUAAUUUGGUUCAGUUAGCAGGUGGGGAGAAGUUGGCAGAUACCUUGGAAACCUUUCAAAUCUGCCCUAGUGGUGCAUAUGCUUUACGUAUUUUGAAACAGCCCUCAAGGUUCAAAGACCAAGUUAUUUGAAGAUAAGUGUUUCGCAUUUCUAAAGACUUACUCUGUUUAGGCAUUGCCACUUCCUCUGGUGGCACACCGUGAAUUUCCCGUAAAGACAAUGUUCAUAUCAGGAAAACUCCAAAUGGGAGUAAUAGUCAAAACUUAUUGAGUGUCUGUGUGCCAGAGAUUCUUCACUUGUAUCCUCUGAUGUAGGAUGAUUGAGGAUUUUCUUUUUGUUGUGAUGAGCAAAUGGACAGUUAUUUCCGGUAUUCCAUAAAGUGCGUCAUUCGUCUUGUCAGAGGGCCUUAUACACUUGUCUGAAAAUCGGGAAGGCAGUUUCUGAGUGGAAAUGCUCGUGUCUUCCCUGUUACAGGGCACAUCUGUGUGAGUUCUCUACUUUUAGAGUCCAAAAUAAAUCCUAAUACUGCAUACCAGAAACAACAGGACACUUUGAUUGUGUGGUCUGAAGCAGAAAAUUAUGACUUGGCCCUUAGCUUUCAAGAAAAAGCUGGAUGUGAUGAAAUUUGGGAGAAAAUAUGUCAGGUUCAAGGAAAGGACCCGUCAGUGGACAUCACUCAGGACCUUGUAGAUGAGUCUGAAGAGGAGCGUUUUGAUGAUAUGUCAUCGCCAGGUUUAGAAUUGCCAUCUUGUGAAUUAAGUCGCCUUGAGGAAAUUGCAGAACUUGUGGCAUCAUCUUUACCUUCCCCCUUGCGUCGUGAAAAACUUGCACUAGCACUGGAAAAUGAGGGUUAUAUUAAAAAGCUCUUAGAGCUUUUUCAUGUGUGUGAGGAUUUGGAAAAUAUUGAAGGACUGCACCACUUGUACGAAAUUAUCAAAGGCAUCUUCCUCUUGAAUCGAACUGCUCUUUUUGAAGUUAUGUUCUCCGAGGAAUGUAUAAUGGACGUCAUUGGAUGCUUAGAAUAUGAUCCUGCUUUAUCACAACCACGAAAACAUAGGGAAUUUCUUACAAAAACAGCCAAGUUCAAAGAAGUGAUUCCCAUAUCAGAUCCUGAGCUGAAACAAAAAAUUCAUCAGACAUACAGAGUUCAGUAUAUACAAGAUAUGGUUCUACCUACCCCUUCAGUCUUUGAAGAAAAUAUGUUAUCAACACUUCACUCCUUUAUCUUUUUCAAUAAGGUAGAAAUUGUUGGUAUGUUACAGGAAGAUGAAAAAUUUCUGACAGAUUUGUUUGCACAGCUAACAGAUGAAGCAACAGAUGAGGAAAAAAGACAGGAAUUGGUUAACUUUUUAAAAGAAUUUUGUGCGUUCUCCCAAACGCUACAACCUCAAAACAGAGAUGCUUUUUUCAAAACUUUGUCAAACAUGGGUAUAUUACCAGCUUUAGAAGUCAUCCUUGGCAUGGAUGAUACACAGGUGCGAAGUGCUGCUACUGAUAUAUUCUCAUACUUGGUUGAAUAUAAUCCAUCCAUGGUACGAGAGUUUGUCAUGCAGGAGGCACAACAGAAUGAUGAUGUAAGUAAGAAGUUAACAGAGCAAAAAAUAACCAACAAGGAUAUUUUGCUUAUCAACCUCAUUAUAGAGCAUAUGAUUUGUGACGCAGACCCUGAACUCGGAGGGGCGGUCCAGCUUAUGGGCCUGCUUCGAACAUUAGUUGACCCAGAAAACAUGUUAGCUACUGCCAAUAAAACAGAAAAGACUGAAUUUCUGGGUUUCUUCUACAAGCACUGUAUGCAUGUCCUUACUGCUCCCUUACUGGCAAAUACAACAGAAGACAAACCUAGCAAAGAUGAUUUUCAGACUGCCCAGUUGUUGGCACUUGUAUUGGAAUUGUUAACAUUUUGUGUGGAGCACCAUACCUACCACAUAAAGAACUACAUUAUUAAUAAGGACAUCCUCCGGAGAGUGCUAGUUCUUAUGGCCUCGAAGCAUGCUUUCUUGGCAUUAUGUGCUCUUCGUUUUAAGAGAAAGAUUAUUGGAUUAAAAGAUGAGUUUUACAACCGCUACAUAAUGAAAAGUUUUUUGUUUGAACCAGUAGUCAAAGCAUUUCUCAACAACGGAUCCCGCUACAAUCUGAUGAACUCUGCCAUAAUAGAAAUGUUUGAGUUUAUUAGAGUGGAAGAUAUAAAAUCAUUAACUGCUCAUGUAAUUGAAAAUUACUGGAAAGCACUGGAAGAUGUGGAUUAUGUACAAACAUUUAAAGGAUUGAAACUGAGAUUUGAACAGCAAAGAGAAAGACAAGAUAAUCCCAAACUUGACAGUAUGCGUUCCAUUUUGAGGAAUCACAGAUAUCGAAGAGACGCCAGAACACUAGAAGAUGAAGAGGAGAUGUGGUUCAACACAGAUGAAGAUGACAUGGAAGAUGGAGAAGCUGUAGUGUCUCCAUCUGACAAAACUAAGAAUGAUGAUGACAUUAUGGAUCCAAUAAGUAAAUUCAUGGAGAGGAAGAAAUUAAAAGAAAGUGAGGAAAAGGAGGUGCUUCUGAAAACGAAUCUUUCUGGUCGGCAGAGCCCAAGUUUCAAGCUUUCUCUCUCUAGUGGAACAAAGACGACCCUCUCCAGCCAGUCACCUGCCCCAAACCUGCCUGGUUCUCCAGGGUCCCCUGGGUCCCCAGGCUCUCCAGGCUCUCCUGGAUCCAUCCCUAAAAAUACAUCUCAGACGGCAGCUAUUACUACCAAGGGAGGCCUCGUGGGUCUGGUAGAUUACCCUGAUGAUGAUGAUGAGGAGGAGGAGGAUGAAGACAAGGAGGACACGCUACCCUUGUCAAAGAAAGCAAAGUUUGAGUCAUAAUAAUGGCAACUGCCUGUGAUCAGUACCUGUCAAGAAAACUGGUUCUCUACCCCUCCCCACUACAAAAUCUACAACAAAGCAGUGGUCUCUUGUGAAUGACUGACACAGAUCAGCUCGCACUCUUGACUUCUGCUCAUCAAGUGCCAAUUCAAUGGAGCAGGAGGAGGGGAUACUAUAUGUUUAGGGGAAAGACUUACGCCUUUGAGCUCUCCAGCCUGGACCACACAUUGCCCUUUUCUCAGGGAAGGAAAUGGAAACAAAAAGCCAACAGGGCAGGGGGUUUUGUAAGUGGAACUCUGGAUUGACUGGUCAGUUGCUACAAUCAGAAUAUGCUUUCUCGGACCAUGUUUGAGACUCAGAAGAAUAGGCUUUUCUGCCACAAUUCUUCACUAGUUAAGAAUGCCAGCAGUUUCUUUGUAUAAAGAGACCUGCCUUUAAAAUCGUACAUUCUGAACAUUUUAGUCAAGUUACAACAGGUUUGGAAAACCUCUUUGGGGGAGGGGCGAAUAUAAAGUUUCCUCUUUUUUAAUCUGUUCCCUUUGCCCUUCAAACUGCAGAUUUUUUUUUAAGUGGGGAUUUGUCCCUACUUGAUUAAAGAUUGAGUGGAAUUCUAGAUGUGGUCAUUUGUGUCAUAAUUUUUUUUGUUUCAUUUUGUUUUUGAUUUUUUUUUCUGAGUGUAUGCUUAGUUGUUGAGUAUAUAUAUUUGGGACCAUUAAAAAAAUUUUUGAUGUAAUAUAACCUAACGUUGUGCUGGUACCUGUUUUACCAUGUGUAAUUUUUGUUUUACAUCACAGUUCUUAAUUUGUUUAGAGUUUUAUGAAAGAUGGUAUAGUUUUUAUUGACAAAAGCAAAGUAAUCUUACAACUAUGUGCAUACAAAAGCAAUACUAUUUUGUGACUAAAUAUUUUAUAUUAAAAUUUACAUCAGCAACUGUCUUGAGUAUUCAGGGAAAUAGAGUGGAAUUUAAAAUUUCAACAGUUUUGUUAAACCUAGAAACAUGAAAUUAGUAUUCCAAAGAGAUUCUGAAAUUUCAUAUCUUGGGAAAAUAAUGGUACAUUAAAUCAAAAUUGAGGAUGAAUGAUUUAAAAAUAACAUUUGACUUUUGAAUAAUAAAAAGAAAAGUGAAGAGUAAGAGAAAUUGUAUUAGUUGUAUUUUUCUUUUUCUUUUUCUUUUUUAACUACUCCCUUUGGUGGUUCCUAAAUAAAUACCUGGCCAGAGGACCAUCAGAUACCACUUCAUUAAAACAGUAUUUUUAAAUAGGUUCUUUUUAUUGUCUUAGGUGUACUAAAAAUUCUUUCAGGGAAACAAAAAUAAAUCUCAAUUCCACAUAUCUUCACUUUUUUAGAGUGAAGAUUUUAGAUUUACUAAAGAAUGUAUUUGCAAAUGUGAAUAAAAAUUUGUAUCUAGGAAAAGGAUACUAUUUUAAGUAUCAUAUACUUUAACUGGAUAACCUAGCAAGCACUGUGUGCUUCUGCCUUAGCUCCUCUUUUGCUUAGCCCUCAGUACAUUGUGGUACCAGAAACAAGGUUAUAUGGAAUAGUUGACUAGAAAACCAGAAAGCAACAACUUGCUACAGUCGUGAAGUCUUAUUGUUGGUUACUUUUUUUUUUUAAUGAAACUUUAGGUGCAUUAUUUACUAUAAUAGAGUUUAAGUAUAUUUCACUACAGUAUAGAGCUCCUUCUGGGUCAGAAGUUCUGGCAGUUAAUUUUAAUCAACUUGCCAAUAAAGAUAACAAAAACUUAAUAGGAUCUAAGUUAAUUAUAUUAUGUUCUCCUUUGUUACCUAUAAAGUCCCAUGUGAAAUGUUUGUGCCUUAAACAUACAGUUUAAACUGACUUUUCUGAUGGA